CAAUAACGUCACAACAGUCAAAGUUGUCAAACGGUUUGUUUACAUCAUUAAAAAAAAAAUAUUGUUGUGUGAGGAAUAUCCUAGAUUUCUGGCCAAAUAAUGUCCCGCCGGAACAUUUCUAGGGUAUGACUCUAUAAAAACGUACAUUAUUAAAAAUGUAUUAAUUAGGAUUCCCGAUAAAACCCACUUUACCUACCCUAGUUCUUCGUAAAUCCUUAGGCAAUUUAGUCAGGCCCUAAUCCCCUCCACAUCUCCGAACUCGAGCGCAAAUAUUCAUUCAUCUACGAUCAUCAAUUGUGAAUCUGUACUCGAACCGAACAGUCACAUAUCGUGAGCCGAUUUUAGUGAGUGCGUGAGUUAAUUUUAUCUUAAAAAAAAAUUAAGAUGUCAGACAAUUACACUCAGCAAAUGGAGGAGUUGGAGGUGCUCGACUCCAUCUUCGGAGACCAAUGGGAGAAACGUUGCGUGGAUGAGACCUACGGGAUCAAAUUAGCGAAGGACGUGGAGCUUAUGGUCACUUUGAACAAGGAUUAUCCUUCGGAUAGGGCUCCCACUUACGACCUAUGGGCCCCACAUAUGAGCAAGUCUCAAAAGGACCUUAUCCAUAAAGAGUUUAUGGAGAUUUUUGAAAAUAAUAAAGGAUAUCCGAUAAUUUAUCAGUGGAUAAUGAACCUUAAGGAUAUGGCCCAGGAAUGUUCAACCAAAAAAAGCCCGGAACUAAGCAAGAAAAACAAAGAGAGUGAGUCAACGAAAAGGGACAUUCAGAUUGAAAGUUCCCUUAAAAUAAUUCAUGGGCCAACGAUAACUGACCGGAAAAGCACUUUCCAGGGCCAUGCCGCCCUGAUUACACACCGGGAUCAAGUCAAAGAAUUUCUGGAUACCUUAAAACAGAACAAGAAAAUCUCGCAGGCGAAGCACAACGUAUCGGCCUACCGACUUCUGGAGAAGAAGGGAGGAAAACAGACGUUGUUGCAAGACUGCGAUGACGACGGAGAAAACCAUGCUGGGGGACGUUUGAUGCACCUAUUGACCAUUGCGGACGUGAAGAACGUUAUGGUGGUGGUCACCAGGUGGUACGGGGGCAUCCAGUUGGGGAACGACCGGUUUAAACAUUAUAAUAACGCCGCUAGACAGGCCAUGCUCGAGGGCGGAUUUAUUUAAUGAUUUUUUUUGUGUGUGUGUUUUUAUGUUGUAAAUAUAUUGAUGUUUAUUGUUU